AGCGUAGUCAGAGUCGAUUGUGGUGCAUGGAUCUACGUACAAAUUGAUUUUCAUCGAUUUCAUAAGAAAAUGGUACAAUGUGUUCCAGAAUUAUUAAUGCGAAAAACUUUACAAUUCUCAUUCUAAUUAGUCACAUAUACACAAUAAAUGCAUGUGAAAUUGGAUAUUUUCGUUGUAACAGUACAGAUAUUUGUGUGGCACAACGGAAAAAUUGUGACACACAACAAGAUUGCCCAGAUGGCAGUGAUGAAUGGAAUUGUGGGGACAGAUACUUGGAUCAAUUUUGGGAUCAUUAUUAUCGAAAACGUCCUGGAGCUGAAAAUGAUGUUCAACGUAAAUGUGAAUGGAAUUAUACAGGGCAAGUUUGUUCAUGUAAAGCCUCGGAUAUUUUAUGCCAAAAUUUAGGUUUAACAUCAAUCCCUUUGGAUCUAUCUCCAGAUUCCAAUAUUGAUUUGCUGGAUUUAACAGGAAAUAUAUUUAGAAUGGUAACACCGUCCUUGAUGUCAACUGUGCGCAGUGCUAAAAAUCUUGUAUUACGGCAUUGUUCUAUAGAAAACAUCUACCCUGGAGCGUUUCAUUAUGUAAGCGGUUUACAAACGCUAUAUUUGGAUCAAAAUGAAUUGAUUACAUUACCAAGUAACAUGUUUUCACCAGAUAAUCAACUAGAAAUUUUAGUAUUAAAUGGAAAUCAGAUAGAAUUUCUACCGAAUGAUGUAUUCGCCGAGUUACAUAAUUUACGUGAGCUGGAUUUAAGGAAUAAUCAUUUACAGAGUAUUCAUAGUAAAAUUUUGGAACCUUUACAAAGUAUUAAUAUUCUUUAUUUAAAUGAGAAUCAUAUUCAACAUUUGAAUUUUAAUUCGUUUCCAAAAAUUCCAUUGCGGAUAUUAUCGUUGCAAAACAACCGCUUAACACAAUUAAUUCCUGGUGUUUUUAGAAAUUUAACCGAGCUACAACAUUUAUACUUAUCGGAGAAUCAAAUUCAUACAAUUCGAAAUGGAACUUUUAAAAAUUUACAACAAUUGUCAGCUUUAUAUUUCAAUGAUAAUUUCUUGGAGCUCAUUGAAGAAGAUGCAUUCAGUGAUUUAACAAAUUUAUCGUCACUAUAUUUAACCGGUAAUCGUAUUAAGAAAUUGACAAAAAUAAUUUUCCAAGGCCUACAAAAUCUUGAAUAUGUCUAUUUUGAUGAAUUUCCAUUGUGCCGAGCUGCUCGACAUGUACGAGUUUGCAGUCCAAAAGGUGAUGGAAUAUCCAGUCAUUAUCAUUUAUUGGAUAAUACACUCUUACGAGGAAGUGUAUGGAUAAUGGCGAUGUUUGCAGUUGUUGGAAAUGUAUUAGUAUUAUUAGGCAGAUUUUUAGCACGUGAACCAAAUGCAAUACAUUCGUUGUAUAUUCGAAAUUUAGCAUUGUCCGAUUUACUGAUGGGUGUUUAUUUAUUUUUAAUUGCAAUUGCUGAUCAACGCUAUCGUGAUUGUUAUAUUGACUAUGAAGAAAUAUGGCGUCACAGUAUACAGUGUAAUUUUUGUGGCUUCUUAAGUACCCUUUCAUGUGAAUCCAGUGUCCUUAUUCUCAGCAUUGUAACAUGGGAUCGUUUAGUAAGUGUAACACGUCCAUUAGCACGACUUCAACAAUCCAGACGCAAAGCUAUUAUACACAUGAUCUCAUUAUGGUCAAUUGCAACAACAAUUGCAUUAGCACCAUUAACAGGACUUGCAAAUCAAUAUUUUGGUACGGAAUUCUAUGGUAAUAAUGGUGUAUGUUUAUCAUUACAUAUACAUGAUCCAUUUACAAAGGGCUGGGAAUAUUCAGCUACAAUGUUCAUUUUAAUAAAUACGAUAGCAUUAAUAUUUAUCAUAUAUUCGUACAGUCGAAUGUUACAAGAAAUUCGUAUAAGUGGUGUGGCAUUGCGUAGUACACAAGAAACGCAUGAACGUGCUGUAGCAUUACGUUUCAGCGUCAUUGUUUUAACAGAUUGUUUAUGUUGGGUUCCUGUUAUAUUUGUUAAAAUUACUGCUUUAUCAGGUGUUCAUAUAUCGGAGGAGCUGUAUGGUUGGCUAGCAAUAUUUGUUUUACCAAUUAAUUCAGCUUUAAAUCCAGUUUUGUAUACGCUAACUACUUCAAUGUUUAAGCAACAGAUAAGAAAAAUGUUGGUGUCGUUUCCAUGUAAAAGUAUACAUGGCAGAACAGAAAAUGAUCAAAGUGGUUUUGAUUCUGCGUUAAGUUAUACUUUACCGCAUGGUGGCGAUAAUCGGCGUAAUUUAAUUAAGUACAGGGUAAGUUUUGAAAAACGUACAGAGAAUACUUCGAUACGAUCAAGUCGCUCAAAUAAUUCGAAUCGAUAUUAUUAA